AGAUCUGCCAUCCAAGCUCAGGGUGGAUUUCGCACUCCCUGGGAUCUGAGUCCAGCCACAGGUCAGAGGCACCCUGUGAUUUGUAAACUUCUGACUGAGAUUAACCUGAAGCCUUCAUCUCCUACUGGUAUUACUAGACCUCCUUGAACAUAAGGAUUUAAAAAACUGGUCUGCAGUCAUGCCUCAUGGAACACCUGCCCCACCUAACAAGCGGAAAAAGCCCUCUAAGAUCAUCACUGACCUGUCACAUGUCACUCAAGAUGAGUAUGAGUCAGAGCCUGAGGCGUCAGAGUUUGACCUGGGGACGAAGAUCAAGACUCCCAAGGACACCAUGCUGGAAGAGCUGAACCUCUUCACCAACAAGGGCUCCAAGAUGUUCCAGAGGAGGCAGAAGCGUGUGGAGAAGUUCAUAUACGAGAACAACCCUGACCUCUUCGGCAGUGAGUCUAUGGAGAACUUCCAGAAGUUGGUCCCCAGCCUGGGUGGCACAAUGAUGUUGGACGCUAGUGGCCACAUGGUGGAGAAGAAGGCAGGCCCUCCUGUGCCCCCUCCCAAACCAGGCAAAGAUGGGCAUGGUCAUGGUCAUGGUCAGGGACAUGAGCAUGGACAUGAGCAUGGUCAUGAGCAUGGACAUGAGCAUGGACAUGAGCAUGGACAUGAGCAUGGACACCAUGGACAUGCACAUCAUGAUGAUGUUGCUCCAGGAGAACAUGGUCAUGGUAGUCAUGGAGUAGAGGUUGCCUUAGACAAGGCCAAGAAGAGGCAUGAUUAUGUCCCCUCAUACGUAUCACCAUGGGAAAAGGCCAUGAAGGGCAACCAGGAGCUGACAUCCAGCAUGAGAUAUCAUAUGCCYGGCCCCCAUGCCCACCAUGAUCUGCCCAAGUUCAAGUCCUUCAACAGGAGUGCUACACCGUUUGGGGGCUUUGAUAAGGCCUCGCAGCUCAUGACCUUCCAGCUGCCAGACACCCAUGAGGUGGCCCAUGAUGAGCCUGAACUGGCUAUGGUAUACCAGCAUGAGAUUGGCGCUCGACCCUCCUUCAACCGCACUCCUAUAGGCUGGGUGGGGAGCGGUGAGCCCAGCAGCAUCCACAUCGAGUUGGACGCCAUGCCCUUCGAUGGGGAGACUGACGACCUGUGAAUAGCAUGCCCCACAGACCCAUAUGUGCAGAUAAAGACCACGCACGAAUAUAUACAAUUACAUAAACAAAAACCAUAACUUUUUUUGAAAGGUUUGGGAUGCAAUCAGCUUUUCCUUGGAUUGAAUUAAUUAAUAGGAAAGUGUGUAUGAAAUGAACCACGUAGCUCAAUAUUGGGCUCUUUAAUUUAGACAGACAGACAGACAGACAGACAGACAGACAGACAGACAGACAGACAGACAGACAGACA